AUGCAAAAGGAAUUAGAGAAAAAUUUAUCUAAUGAUGAAGUAUUUAAUGCAAUAAAUAAAAUAUUUAUAUCAUUAGAAGAUGAUGAGAUACGUACAAUUAAUGAAUCUUUAUUGCUGGUAGUUUUUAUAAAGGAACAAAAAUAGAAAAACCAAAUGAAUUUGAUCUAAAUAUUAUUUUAAAAUUACCUUUUAAUAAUAAACAAAUAAAUUUUUAUUCAGAAAGACCAGCUUUUGUCCAAAUCCAAAUAGAUCAAUCGACUAUGUAUAAUUCUAAAUAUGAUCAUCUCACAGAUAAAGGAAAAAAAAUAUAUAACAAUAUUAUUGAUUAUGGCUAUUUAAAUCCAAAUAAAUUUCGUCGUUGGAUUCAAGGAAUUCUAUAUAAAGUCCUUCAUAAAAAAUUAACAAAAGUUGAUAAUGGAUAUGAAUUAAUCAUAAAUAAACAAUUAAAGGCAAAAAUCAGAAUAAAAGAGAGUGGUCCUGCAUAUACAUUAAUAAUAAAUAUUGAAACUGAAACUAAAACUAAAACUAUUCAUGUUGAUUUAGCUCCAGCAUUAGCUUUCCAUAUAAAUUACAUUAAUCAGUUUAUUUUUAAAUUUAAUGAACUUCAAAAUUGUCGAAAUAAAACAUGGUUUGCAAUUCCAUUACCAUUAACAGAUGAUGAUAUUAAUAAUAAGAAUUUUUAUUGGAGACUUUCUUUUAGUUGUCAAGAGAAAGAAAUUCUUACUAAAUAUGGUCGUAUAAAACCAGUCAUACGUCAAAUGAAGAAAUUAAGAGAUACACAAAAUUGGAAUAGUAUCGCAAGUUAUUUCAUAGAAACUUUAUUUUUACAUAAAAAGGAAGAAUUGAAAAACGAUCUCGAAAAAAUACCAUUUACAUUAUUUUUAUUUAAAAUGCUUCAAGAAUUAUAUUAUGCUUGUGAUAAACAUACAUUGGAAUUUUAUUGGGAUAAAAAUUAUAAUUUAUUCUCAAAGAUUAGUGAAAGAGAAAUGUAUAACAUAACUUACCGCUUAAAAAAUAUCAUAAAGAGUAUUGAAAGAUGUUCAAGUGAUAAAUUCAUACUGGCUAGCUUUAUUUUAAAUUCACAGGAAUUAAAAUUAUUACAAGAAAAAAUAAAUAACAAUAAUCAAUAUGUAGAAGAUAAAAAUGAUACAGAACAGGAAAAUAGUAAAUGGUGCACAAUAACUUGAUUUACUUUAAAAUAUUUUUACAUAAUAAAAUUUUUUUACUAAUUUUAUUUUUAUUUUUUAACAUUAAAAAUUUUAUAAAUAUAUAUUCAAUAUAUUUUUAACAAUUUUGUAUUUAAUAUAUAAUAAUGUGUGUAAUGUAUAAUAUAUAAUUUAAUAAUAUACUCAAAAUAUUUUCAAAUUAAAA